UUUUCAUUUAAGACAUUCGGACUUCUAAACCACCUGGUGUCAAAUGUAUCUGUCAAAGUCAGCAGGCCAACUAUCGGCUGAGUGUGUGGAGAAGAAAUGUCUUAUGAAGACAGUAUCGUACAUUUACUCACAUAUUUAAGAACCGAUUUUAGGAGUCCGAGGUCUGGUACCUACAGAACCUCAGAACCUGAACAUGGACCUCGGAAAAAAAGUGCUCCCGUCACCGAGUUUCAGAGGAUACUGAAACCCAUCUGGCAUCUCGUUUCGAUCGGAGUCCUGAGCGGGAUCCUCAUCGUGGUGGUAUUAGUCGUCAUCAUCGAGUGGAACAACAAGCAAAACAUGAUAACGAGUAUAGAGCAGGUCAAAGUGGAGAUGAAGAACAACACCGAGAAGCUGCUAGAGGAAAAAACCAGGAUUUCAGAGCAGCUGAACGUAACCAACACAAACUACUCCAUUCUGAUGGCGGAGUAUGACCGGCUGAUAGAAAGAAUCCCAUGCAAUUUAACCCUGCUGGAGCGGGAAAUCGAGAGGCUGAAUGGGGUCUUGAGCAAUGCUUUAAAAGCUGCAGAAGUGUCUGACAGGAAAGUCAAGCAGCUGACGGCCCAACUAAAUUCUACCCAGAAUAAAUACCAGGUUAAGGAGAUGGAGAACAAGAAACAGCGUUCCUUCCUGUCCAUCAGGCAACUCGAGUUCAUCUGGAAACUUUGUAACCGGAUCACGCUGGAGUGCUCCCGCUGCCUCCCGGGGUGGACGGAGCACGCUUCCCGGUGCUUCCGCCUGUUUGAGGAGGAGAAGAAGUGGGAAGAGGCUCGGCUCGACUGCUUCAAACACAAUGGAGACCUAGCUGUUAUCCAGAACGCCGCAGACCAGGCGCUCCUGACGAACAUGACGGCCGAGUAUGCAAAGUUAAAACGCGCCGAGGCUGCAAAGUUAAAUCUCACCUCUAAAUUCCACUCAGCAUGGAUCGGGCUGCAGGACAUGGUCACGGAAGGAACCUACUUCUGGGUCAAUGGAGAUAGAAUCAAAUGGGAUGUCGAAUACUGGAGACAGGGCGAGCCCAACAACGCUGUAGCUAACUGGGACGUUGAGAAAGCUGGUCAGGACUGUGUGGGCAUUCUACCACCAGAUAAGGUGGGCACUAAGGACUGGCUAAACAGCUGGGAUGACAUUACUUGUGUUGGGAGACGUAACUACAUCUGUGAGACCGAUGGCCUGAUUUUGACCUAGGAUGGAAGGAGUCCUGUUUUAAUCUGGCCACAAGACACAUGUGGGAGGAAAUAGUCGGAUCAGAGAGACUGAAAUGUAACUUUCAUGUUAAAAACCACAAAACUCUGAACUCUGAGUGAAAGAUUGUGGGGGCAGCAUCAUGCUGUGGCGAUGGGAUGGGGUAAUAAGAUGGUAGAUGGAGAUUAAAAAAAAUUCAUUCUAUACUCUAAGAAAAUCUAAAACUACAGAAGAAGCAAAAGAAUAAAAAAUAAUUUUAAUGAUUGUUAAUUGGGUUAUACAUUGGGACCUGUAUGGUUCACACAGUAUGCAGAUGACUGUUCGAUUUAUCACUCAACAUUUUUUUUUACUCCCCUUAGUUAAAAAUGCAGAAAUGGUGCUGUUGGUAUUUUUGAUGUACAAAUGUGGGAAUACACAAUUAAAAACAGACCUGCAACAAAAUUCCAGCUAACUGCUCCUGGUCAGGAAGCUAGUGUUUGCACUUCAGCACAGCUACCGGAUACAGGAAGUCAGAAAAGAUGGAACGUCAAUAAACCUUAAUAUUUAUAACUA